CUAGUCUUUGUUUACUUUUAAACAAGAAACUGUUCGAUUAACACUUUAAUAUGUUGAGAAUUUUAAUAUUUGUCUCAUUGCUUUGUCAUGUGUUUGGGUAUUUCACAUUACCUGGAAAAUGUCCCGAAAGGGUGAAUUUGAAAGAAGAUUUCAGGCUGGCUGAAUUUUACAACGACUGGUACCAAACCUAUUCUUACUCGAGCGAUGGUCACCGCCACAACAACUGCUCAGUACUCAAUCUCAUCACCAAACCCACUGGAAUAUACCUGAAUCAGUCCAGGGUAGACCGGGGCUUGUUCCAUCGAUACAGCGUCGGAAGGAUGGUCAUACAGUCGGACAUUGAGAAGCCUGCAUACUUAGAUAUUGAGUUUCAAUUUGAAAAUGCUCCAAGAAGACUAAAAACAAGGAGAUAUCCAUUCCGAGUGUUGGCAACCAACUACAACUACUACGCUACCGUAUAUACUUGCGAGUAUAGCCCUUUAAUCGACAAACAUUUCAUUUACGUCUGGGUUCUAUCUAGAUCCCAUCUACUCAACGAAGUGUCACUAGCCCUCGCUACGAAGCCACUGCAGCAGAUCGGAGUAGACCCUGCCAAGCUGGUGAAGGAAGAUUGGUCUAAAUGCCAACCCAAAUAUUAUGAGGAUCAGGCUACUGAGCCUAUGACCUUUAGAUAUCCCGUGCCGAUUUAAAUAAAACCUUACUCAAAUGUAAUGAAUCUAAAUUAAUGAAUAAACUACAAUGCUAA